UGCUCAGGUGGUAUGCGAAAACUACAACUGAACAGUUUCUGAAUUCCUCCUUUAAUGACAACCGUCGACGUUGUAAACUCUAUCUAGGUUGGACUGGAACUGGACUCCAAAGAAACCAAAGUCCAGGGUUCGAGUUGCAGUCCCACCAUCCGCCCAGGCUCAAACCAGAGCCGGUGGGAGCAGACCAUGGAGGACCCGGGAUUCCUCUGAGACACAUAAUUAGGUUUUCCUUUUCGUAAACUCAUCUGAUGUUUACAAUAAUGGGCAGUCGGAGAAACGGCUUAACGAAGGAAAGCUUCAUCCUGUCUGUGGACGUCGGUACAACGUCAAUCAGAUGUCAUGUGUAUGACAAGGAAGCGAGGAUUCGAGGGUCAUGCAGCAGCGAGGUUGUCCUGUUGUAUCCAGAGGUGGGACAUGUGGAGAUGGACCCCGAUGCAUUGUGGGAAGGCUUUAUCACUGUGGUCAAAGGAGCAGUGCAAGAUGCAGGAGUCCAGAUGUGCCAGAUGGAGGCCCUCGGCAUCUCCACUCAGAGAGCAACCUUCACCACCUGGGACAGGAGGACGGGGGUUCCUUUUCACAACUUCAUCAGCUGGCAGGACCAAAGAGCUGCAGACCUGGUGAAGUCUUGGAACAGAUCCUGCAUUAUGAAGAUAAUCCACGGCGCAAUGAAGGUGGCCUACUUCCUGACGCGGGACAAGCGGUCGCUCGCAGCGAGCCUGAUCGUCUUUUCCACCCAGCAUGUCACCUUUCGUCUCGUGUGGGUGUUGGCCCACUACAAGCAGGUCCAUCAGGCGAUCGAAGAAGGCAACUGCUGCUUUGGAACCAUAGACACCUGGCUCCUGUUCAAACUCACCAAAGGUCGUGUCCACGCCACAGACUACUCCAACGCCAGUUCAACUGGGAUUUUUGACUCCUACCAGAUGUGCUGGAGUGGGUUUCUCUGCUCUCUUGUCUCUCUGCCCCUCUCAAUAUUCCCCCAAGUAGAAAAUACAGGCCAUAAGUUCGGCUCCACAGAUCCGUCCGUCCUCGGAGUGUCCAUUCCCAUCAUGUCAGUGAUGGCGGACCAGCAGGCGGCCAUGUUUGGAGAGUGCUGCUUUGAUGUGGGCGACGUGAAAAUCACGAUGGGAACCGGCACCUUCAUGGACAUCAACACUGGGAGCAAACCACACACAUCUGUGGCAGGUCUGUAUCCGCUGGUGGGGUGGAAGAUCGGCUCAGACGUCGUUUACCUGGCAGAGGGCAACGCAGCAGACACAGGCACUGCCAUCAGAUGGGCCCAAGAACUGGAGCUCUUCUCAGACGUCGGAGAGACCAGCGACAUGGCUUACAGUGUCAGCGACUCUGAUGGAGUGUGCUUCGUCCCUUCCUUCAGUGGGCUGCAGGCUCCUCUGAAUGACCCCAAAGCGUGCGCUUCCCUGAUGGGCCUCAAACCUUCCACGUCUAAAAGCCAUUUGGUCCGAGCCAUUCUGGAGUCGGUCGCCUUCAGAAACAAGCAGCUGUAUGAGACGAUGCUCAGAGAGACCUGCAUCCCCAUCACAAAGAUCAGAGUGAACGGAGGCGUUUCCUCCAACGACUUCAUCCUGCAGCUGACUGCAGACCUGUGUGGCAGAAAGGUGAUCCGACCCCAACACCGGGAGAUGUCGUCUCUGGGGGCCGCUUUUGUUGCCGGACUCGGCGUGGGUUUCUGGAUGACCCGUGAAGAGCUGAAGAAGCUGCAGACCGCCGAUGAGGUGUUCCUGCCUAAAGGUGCUGCCGGUCCCGGUCAGGAAUACAACCCCGUCCUCCAGAGCUGGGAGAGAGCCCUGAGGCGCUCCAUGAACUGGUACAAGCCCUGACUCUGGGCCGCACCAACAGGAAGGGUCUGUGCCUUCAUAAGAAUAUAAGUGUUUAUCUUUGUGAAUCAUGGUCCGUGUAAUUUAAGGACACGGUACUUAAAGCUGCACCAGGUGGAGACCUGACGGAAGGGGUACAAUGGACCAAAAGUUACUUGAAAAUGAAAAUCUUCUGAGCUUUCCAGGAAAGUCAGAACUGAUCUAAGGCCCUGUUCAGACCAGACACUAGCAACCAAACCCGGGGAUCAGAUCAUGAUGCUAAGCAUGAACAACCUCAGCUGCUUGCUUAACUCUCCUAGUACAGACCAGAAACUGCUGACAUUUCAUUUAGAGGUUUGACUUGCUAAAAGCAACCUUAGCAAAUUCACUGACAAUGUCUUCCCUUAACAUAUAAUCACCCAGUAAUAUUUUCACUUUUCCUGUCUGCUUAACAUCUUUUAAUACACAAACUUGAUAAGCCCGACCACUGGGCUUAGCAGGUUUUCUGGGGGAAACCUGCAGUGCCUUACCUUAACUUCAAUUUUUCCAAAUUCAGGAAGAAAGAAGAAGCAAAAUGCUAAAGAAAACAUCUCUGUUUUUAAAUAUUUCUCACAACUUUUUGUGCUUCCUAUGAAUCUGUGUUGGAAAGGAAAGUAGCAAACUUUGAGUCUUCUUUUCUCAGUAGACCCAAAAGCACUGUGAAUGGUAGCAGACCAGAUUUUUACAUUUCUGACCAUCAAACUAAAAAUAAUCAGAUUCUGGUCACCAGCUGACUUCUCAGCAUAUCUUCAAUUUAUUUGCAUUGUAGUCUGAACACAAACACUCAGUUGAAGGUCCACUCAUGACUCAGGAUAGCAGCUCUACAUCGGAUUCUUCUGGUUUUAAGAAAACUAAUAAAAACGAAAUGAAUGACUAAUCUAUGUAUCCAGCUGGAGGUAGAUUUUUAGGCAAAAAUUUGCUACUGUAAGACAAAUGCAGUACAAGCAGCAGGUUGGUCAGAUCUAUUUUUUGUUAAUCAUAAUCAGUCAUAUUUCAAUAAGAGUCAAAUGGUCAAAAUUAAGUAUAAAUUAAGAUGAAAUAAGCCUUCAGGAGAUAAUAUUCAAAUAUUUUCAUUCAAAUCAAGUCAAAGAUAACUGCAUUUAUAUAGAACAUGUAAACCACAGUUGGCUAAAGUGCCUUAUAGACAAAAUGAUUGGCAAUGAAACAACUAAAAUGUAAUUGUCGUGACAACACAUUGAUGUUUUAAGCAGAAAGUUUUAUCAGCUGUUUCUCCAGAUUCAAGCACUUUUCUGACAGUUUAUUUUAUAAUUCAUAUAAAUAUUUAGAUCUGAGGAAAAAAUGCUAUGCAAUCAUUUAAUUGCAUUGGAGCAAAACAGUGGUUAGAGUUGACAAAAGCUUCAGUCCUGCCAGAGUCUUGAUUAUCAAGGAAUGCACCAAUACAUGUGUGUAUGUAUGGGUUGUUGUUUUUGUGAGGUGAGUGUAAAAAAAAACAACACAUAAACCUCCAAUGUGUUCAUGAUUAUUUUAUAGUUCAGGUUUUUAGGGAUUUCAUGAGGAGACCAGCUGAUGUUCUGCUUGUUGCCAUGAAUUCCCUGCAGAUUUCUUGUGUUCUGAAUUUUCUUUGCCACACUUUCAUGAUUUUGAUUAUCAAUGAUAAUCUGAGUAAAUAAGAAACCCAGCCUUAAAAUGAGAAGUUCAUAUAUUCUCCUUUUUUUAUGAUUAUCAGAUUGAUGUCAUCUGAUAUUAAAAUGGUUGGAUUUGGCACCUUAAAUGUGACCAAAAAAAGCAAAAACAGAAGAAAUCUGUAAGGGAUUAAGUACUUUUUUUUUUUUUUUUUUUUUUUUUUUUUUUGAUAGCAAGCCGGAACUUGAGAUCGGAUCAUUUAGGAAGUGUUUCUAGGUAAAUGUUACUGCCAAGUCUGAACCAGCUCCAUAAAGAACAAACAGCAUGAAGAAGUUCCUGCUCCAUUAUUUCUUCUCAACAGUGCCAUUUAUUCAGAAGAUAACUUUAUUCAUUCUAGUCUAAAUUGGAUUUCACUUCUCAGUCCUUUUGUCUCGUUAAUGAAAUAAUAUUACCCGAUGCUAUGACGCCAACGACUGGCUUAUCAGCUUUUAAUUCAUGAGCGCUCCAUAGCAACAACUGAGUGCCAAAUGUUUAAUCCUGGGACUCGAGCCAGAAUCCAUUCAGAUUCAAGCACAAAUUUCAGUUCAUUUUGGAUUAAAAGAAAACUGACCUGACUUCUUAAUGUUUCAGAACCAAUAUUUUUUUUUUAUUUUUUAUUUUUUUUUAUGAAGCUGCUUCUUGGUGAUUUCACAUAAAAUGUUUGCAUCGUCAUUUUGAAAAGAUGAGGACCUGAUUUUAAAAAAUACUUGUUUCCUUUGGGAAAUUUGGAGCAACUUCAUUUUAAACCCUUUGUGAAUGUUUGUAUAUAAUGUUAUAAUUAUAACGGUGUUAAAUCAUGACUCACUGCUAAAAUGUGAUUGUUCCUGUGAGCCUAUGAAAGCCACUUUUCUCAGUAUUUAAGAACGUUUGUACUACAUAAUGUUUUAUAAAGACGGAAACGGGGAUAUAGGAAUUGGUAGAACUGGCAGAAAAAAGAAGCAUUCCAAUAUAUUUCUGCUUAUCAUUGUAGAUUUUUUUAUUUUGAUGUCAUGAUCAGUGUGAACUUUGAUGCCUUUCUUUUAACAUGAUUGUUCUGUAACUGAGAACUCUAAAUCUCUUUCUUCACCUCUGACCUGCUGCUGUUUGGAUUAAACAUAAUUUUUUGAAAUAUG